AUGGAAAAGUGGUCAAUGACUAUAACAUUUUGGGACGUGUACAGGAAGCUCAGAAAACUAAAAACAUGUAGAAAUGACCUAUACAACAAUUUUGUUGAGAUCACUAAAAAAUCGUCUCAAGAUUUGCAGGCACAGAAAGAUUUAUCAAAGAUCAACAAAAGCGCACUUCCUCCGAGUUCAGUGCGUCUGCUGGAUGUAGUUCCACAAAUUCGUCAUCAAAAGAAAAGGACAGACGUUCUUUGCUUCUACGAUUGCACUGACAUUUUGCGAGGGCAUCGCACUAAUCUUGAACAUGAAGACGAGAAAACAUUGGAAGAAAUUUUCUACAACAUGUUUUCAAGAAAAGCACCAGCAGAUGUGAUCAAACCAGAAACUCUACCUCCAACAGAGGGUGCAGCUGCACAACAUUCACUGCGUGCCUACCUGCAGACCAGGGACGGGACCCUUUUACAAAUCAUGUCUCUGAAACCAAUCGACUAUGAAUGGGCAUAA